CUCUGAGGUUCCACCAAAAUAUGGAACUUGAUUUUGGACAUUUUGAUGAAAGAGAUAAGACAUCCAGGAACAUGAGAGGCUCACGGAUGAAUGGGCUGCCUAGCCCCACUCACAGCGCCCAUUGUAGCUUCUACCGAACCCGAACCUUGCAGGCACUGAGCAACGAGAAGAAAGCCAAGAAGGUACGUUUCUACCGCAAUGGGGACCGCUACUUCAAGGGGAUUGUGUACGCUGUGUCCUCUGACCGUUUUCGCAGCUUCGACGCCUUGCUGGCUGACCUGACACGAUCUCUGUCUGACAACAUCAACCUGCCUCAGGGAGUGCGUUACAUUUACACCAUUGAUGGAUCCAGGAAAAUCGGAAGCAUGGAUGAACUGGAAGAAGGGGAAAGCUAUGUGUGCUCCUCAGACAACUUCUUUAAAAAGGUGGAGUACACCAAGAAUGUCAAUCCCAACUGGUCUGUCAAUGUGAAGACAUCUGCUAAUAUGAAAGCCCCUCAGUCCCUGGCUAGCAGCAACAGUGCCCAGGCCAGAGAGAACAAGGACUUUGUGCGCCCCAAGCUGGUGACCAUCAUCCGCAGUGGGGUGAAGCCUCGGAAGGCUGUGCGUGUGCUUCUGAACAAGAAGACAGCCCACUCCUUUGAGCAAGUCCUCACUGAUAUCACUGAAGCCAUCAAACUAGAGACCGGGGUUGUCAAAAAACUCUACACUCUGGAUGGAAAACAGGUAACCUGUCUCCAUGAUUUCUUUGGUGAUGACGAUGUGUUUAUUGCCUGCGGUCCUGAAAAAUUUCGUUAUGCUCAGGAUGACUUUUCUCUGGAUGAAAAUGAAUGCCGAGUCAUGAAGGGAAACCCAUCAGCCACAGCUGGCCCGAAGGCAUCCCCAACACCUCAGAAGAGUUCAGCCAAGAGCCCUGGCCCCAUGCGCCGGAGCAAGUCUCCAGCUGACUCAGGUAACGACCAAGACGCAAACGGAACCUCCAGCAGCCAGCUCUCUACCCCCAAGUCUAAGCAGUCUCCCAUCUCUACGCCCACCAGUCCUGGCAGCCUCCGGAAGCACAAGUCAGCUUUCAGUGAUUCUUCUGAGCAGCAAAGCUUGUCAGUGUGGACAUUCCAAGACGAGGAGUAG